AUGUGCUCGAAUAUCAACCUCUUUCGUCUUUGCUUCGGGCUGCACUCUUUCAGCAAAGACGCUUUACACGCCAUUGUUCCAAAUAUCCAAUUCAAGAAUGAACAGGAAUCUUCCGAGCUUUUCAUAAACGCGAAAACGGAGUACUGCUGGAACCACUUUAAAGACCUUGGGAUAUUACUUAAAAGGGCAACCUGCCUCUUCUCCACUAAAGAGAGGUUAAAGGAAGUCGGAGUAGUUUUGGAUAAGCUCAAAGACACACACUCAAAGAUCUGCACCACCCUUGGAAGUGAUACCGCCUACAGCUGUUACGGAAAGUUUCUUCACUCCUUUGUUGCAGGAUGGGAGGAUGAUGAGAAGUUUAAAGCCUAUCUUGCUAUCAAAGGUGCCUCAUGUUUGGAUGACAGAAUUAGGCAGGUGCUUCGCUCCCAGCCAGGAUCACAACCAUGGUACGAGAGAUACAUAAGAGUAUUCUGUCGAGAGAUAUUCUUGGACAAGGCUAGCGAUCACACUGAGAGAGGAUUCUGGCUUUGCAAAAUACUAAAACCAUGGCCCCUUGUUUUCCAAGCCCGACUAAUUUACAUUCUAUACGGACCCGUCAAUGAUGAAAACGGAACUGUCGCCUGGAAUGUGUUACAAAGUUGUCCAACUUAUUUUGGCGUUGAAGACGCCGAACUAAUGGACCUUGCAGACGCCCUCAAGAUCUUACAUGUGUAUUGUGACAGCAAGGACUGGAACGAAGAUGAUUUUAUCAGCGUGUUCGAGGAAUUAACCGGUACGCCGUCUGACUGGUGCUUGGAAAAUAUCGCCAAGCUGCUAAAACUGUGUGGAGAAUCAGUUUGCUUUGAAGUGCUAGGAAAUAAAGCUAUGAAUGGGAGAGUCCAUGAAUUAUCAUACUUAGGUUACUACCUUGGUCAGGUUUUAGGACAAGAUGACAUGAUGUAUGGCAAAGGGAAUGGUAUUCAGUGCUUUUCAAACACCAUGAGACAAGUUCUGGCUGUCAUGCCAAGCAGCAAAGAUCAAGCUGCCUUGACAUCAUCCUUGUUCAAUGUAUGGGAAGAGAACAUACUAAGCCUUGGAGAGGGACUCCAAGAAGACCUAGAUGUUACUACCCCAGAAGAGCAAGAACAGGUUUUUGCUGCAAGUAUACACAACCUAACUAAAAUAGCAGCAAUCUUUCUUAAAGAAUGUACAGUAAAAUGA